CCCACCCCAUGCGGGUGUCAGAGCUCCUCUCCAUGGCUCAGGGUGCCGCAUCCCAGCUCCUGCUCAACAUGUACCUCACAGAUCCGGUGGGAGAAACUUUCCUGAAGGAGAAGACCCCAAACUGGAGACCCUUCUCAGCCGGCGUGCAGAAAGGGAGCGGGCAGAUACAGUUGUGGCAAUUCCUCUUAGAGCUUCUGUCUGAUCACUCCAAUGCCAACUGCAUUGCCUGGGAGGGCACCAAUGGAGAGUUCAAGCUGACUGACCCCGAUGAGGUCGCCAGACGUUGGGGGGAGCGGAAGAGCAAACCCAACAUGAAUUACGACAAGCUCAGCCGCGCCCUGCGCUAUUACUACGACAAGAACAUCAUGGCCAAAGUACACGGGAAGAGAUACGCCUACAAGUUCGAUUUCCACGGCCUGGCGCAAGUGUGCCAAUCUACACCCACCACCGAACAGUCACUUUACAAAUUCCAAAGCAACCUACCGCACUUACCUUUCCCCGGCCUCUCGAAACUUAACCUGAUGACCUCCGGCGUCUCUCCGGCCAGCUUCUCUUACUGGCCAAGCACCCCCUCGGCCCUGUAUCCCGGGCACAGCCUCCAGGCCCCUCCGGGGGGGUUUGGUUCUGUGUCCACCCCACACCUUGGCUCUGUCAACAGCGUGGGCAACAUGAGCGCCCAUUACCAUUAACCUGACCAGUACGGACUGGGAGUAUACGGUGUCGCAGUCACAUUGCAUUAAUUCAGAAUAAUAAUGAUGACAUCACAGUGUGUUUGGUAAUUGUUCCAAGCACAACGAGGCACGUGUGUUAGGAGGCCGGGAUUGGCCAUGUAUAUGUAUUAACAUAUUGGGAAUCUUUUUUAAUGCAUGUGAAAAAGAUCAUGAAAAUAAUCUGAUCAAUAUUUGUUCCUGGUAUAGUUUGUAACCAUAUACUGUAUGUACCUGAAGGGCAGCCAUUGUCACUCUCUAUAUAUUCACAGUCUGUGUUUCCUGCUUAAUAGUGCUGUACAAUGGUUGUGCCCUGACCUUCUUCUCUUCAAACGUCUUGGUCUAUUGAAAUUCCAACGCAGGGCUUAUGCUCCCUCCCUUAGUUUCCAUCCCCCUCACACAGAGGCAUGUACUAUACAUUAUGGGGCAGAUUCACGUACCUCCGCGCAUC